GCUCUUGUAAUAACAAGGUGGAAAGGAUCGGAAAAUGAGUUUGACAGCUAAGGAUAAAGAUGUGGUCAAGGCCUUCUGGGGUAAAAUCUCUAGUAAGGCCGACGCCAUAGGCCAAGAAGCUCUGGGAAGAAUGCUUGUUGUCUACCCUCAGACUAAAAUAUAUUUUGCUCAUUGGCCUGAUUAUUCUCUCGGCUCUGCCCAAGUGAAUAAACAUGGCAAAACUGUGAUGAGAGCCAUCACUGAUGCUGUGGGCAAAAUGGAUGAUCUUAUUGGUGGACUGAGCUCCUUGAGUGAUCUCCAUGCCACCACGCUCCGGGUAGACCCUGGAAACUUCAAGAUUCUGUCCCAUAACAUCCUCGUGACUCUUGCAGUUCAUUUCCCCGCUGACUUCACCGCAGAAGUGCACGUGGCCGUGGACAAGUUCCUUGCGGCUCUGUCUGCAGCCCUCGCUGAUAAAUACAGAUAAACUCAUCAUUCCGGGGCUUCUCGUGCAUCUGCAAACAGAGGCACUUCAAAUGAUAAAGCUAAAAUAUCAGAUGCAGUUAAUAAAAUCUAUAACAAUCAAA